UGCUAAAGGCCAGGAAAGGAAAGCUCUGAGAAAUCGAAACUACGGGGAAGGGAGGGCCCCCUGAGCAGCCUCCAGACCCACUGCUGGUCUCCUGCCGGCACCAUGAACCACACUUCCCAGCCCUUCUUCACCCGCGCCCAAGCCGGCCUCCCCUCAAACUACGAGGGGCUCAAGGAGGAGCACGAGGUGGCCGUGCUAGGGACGCCCCACGGCCCCGCUCCCUCCACGUCCACCGUGAUCCACGUCCACAGCGAGACCUCCGUGCCCGACCACGUCGUCUGGUCCCUGUUCAACACGCUCUUCCUGAACUGCUGCUGCCUGGGCUUCAUAGCAUUCGCCUACUCCGUGAAGUCUAGGGACAGGAAGAUGAUGGGCGACCUGACCGGGGCCCAGGCCUACGCCUCCACCGCCAAGUGCCUGAACGUCUGGGCCCUGGUCCUCAGCAUCCUUGGCACCAUUCUGGUCAUCGUUGCCACGGUGGUCAGCAUCCGAAGCUUUUCCUAGAACCAGAGGCACCAUCGAGGCUGCUGGUGGCUGCCCAGGCCUGCGACCCCCGUGCUCUACCUUCCGUGCCUGGCCCUGCCCCUGGCCCCCACCGCUUUGUGCAGCUGUUCAUACUCACACAUCUGUCCCCAUGGGGGUCAAUAAAGCGCACGUGUUCCUGAG